AUGGAGACCCAGAGGGCCAGCCUGUGCCUGGGGCGCUGGUCACUGUGGCUUCUGCUGCUGGCACUCGUGGUGCCCUCGGCCAGCGCCCAGGCCCUCAGCUACAGGGAGGCCGUGCUUCGUGCUGUGGAUCGCCUCAACGAGCAGUCCUCAGAAGCUAAUCUCUACCGCCUCCUGGAGCUGGACCAGCCGCCCAAGGCCGACGAGGACCCGGGCACCCCGAAACCUGUGAACUUCACGGUGAAGGAGACUGUGUGUCCCAGGCCGACCCGGCGGCCCCCGGAGCUGUGUGACUUCAAGGAGAACGGGCGGGUGAAACAGUGUGUGGGGACAGUCACCCUGGAUCAGAUCAAGGACCCGCUCGACAUCACCUGCAAUGAGGUUCAAGGUGUCAGGGGAGGUGGCCUGUGCUAUUGUAGGCGUAGGUUCUGCGUCUGUGUCGGACGAGGAUGACGGUUGCGACGGCAGGCUUUCCCUCCCCCAAUUUUCCCGGGGCCAGGUUUCCGUCCCCCAAUUUUUCCGCCUCCACCUUUCCGGCCCGCACCAUUCGGUCCACCAAGGUUCCCUGGUAGACGGUGAAGGAUUUGCAGGCAACUCACCCAGAAGGCCUUUCGGCACAUUAAAAUCCCAGCAAGGAGACCUAAGCAUCUGCUUUGCCCAGGCCCGCAUCUGUCAAAUAAAUUCUUGUGAAACC